AAAUCGAUUUUAUUACAGCUGCUCCGUUGUUAUUGUUUCGUCAAUUUAAAUAAAACUCACUUUUACGAUUAAAUGACGGCCAAUUUGUUAAACCUGAACGUGGACACGCUGUUUGAGCAGCACAGCGUGUCCGAGAUAGACGCGGUGCACAAAAAGAUCCUGUCGGUGGUGGAGAACAAGCGCGAGGAGUUGCGCACCCAUGUCGGGGAGCGGUACCGGGAUCUUCUGCAGGCGGCAGACACCAUUGCGGCGAUGCAAACGUCUGCCGGCACACUUAUGGAGCAAGUGCAACACGUGCAAGCCAAUUGCCGCAGUCUUAACGAGCAGCAACUCCUGGGUUUUCAGUCGAGUACUGUCAAUGCAAGCGCCAAAGAUGCCGUACUGCAGGAGAGGAACGCCGGAAAGAAGCUGCAGACCUACUACGGUACAAUGGCUCAGAUCAAGUUACUCACUGCCCUGCCGGAACUUAUCUGGACCCACUUGGACAAUGAUCGCUUCUACGCCGCUACCGAGUUGUUCAUCUUCAGUCGGCACAUAAGCACAGGCUUGCAACUGGAUGGCCAGAGUGCCCUGAUGCAGAAACUUCCUGUUGCGCGCAAGCAAUGGGAAAUACUGCGCCCCUUCCACGUGACCAUUAAACAAGCCAUACUGACUGCACUGGAGAGGGAGGAACUUCUUCCCGAAAUGGCUGUGGACUGCCUGCAGAGCCUUCUCUUGCUAGACAAAAGCGAUCUCAGUGCUGUGCUAAAAUCAUUCUUGAACCUGCGCUCUUCAGCCUUUCUGAACUGUCUGCAAAGCGGACCAUCGGAGCCACGUCGCGUCAAGGAUCGCAUCCUCGCUAGCUUAAACGUGCUCAACAGCACCGUAGACCUGCUGGACAAGUGUCUUUUGGGUGAUAGCCUUCUUUUUAGUCGCCUGGAGGAUUGCGCCUCUUCUACGUGUCCACCCAGCAUCAACCGAAUGGACAGUAGCGAGCGCCAGCUAGUCCAUCUUUUACCCGAUAUCAUCGCCGGUUUUAAGCCACAAUUUGAGGUUCCUCAGCUAACACCUGAGCAGAUGGGUUCAUCACUCCAACAAUGGCUAGAUAAAAUGAAUGCCUUGGCAGCGGCUCAUUUGCAGCAAGUCUUUGCAUUAGUCAGCAACAUGCAGACGAUCCAGGACAUCAAAUCAUCGGCCAGGACUAAUGGCCGACCGGACUUCGCUCGCCUAGAACAGCAACUGCAUCUAAAGCAUAGCCAGUUAGACUUCUACGCCCGAAAGUACGUGCCGUUGAUUAACGCCAGAGUGCGAGAGAUCAUUCGCAGCAGCUGGGCGUCCGCUAUGAAGCAGACCUACGAACAAGUACUCUUGCUUAUCGAAUCCGGACAGUCGCAACCGCCUCAACAAAUUUGGCGAGAGCAGAGUGAUGAUUUGCCUUUAAGCUUGGCGGCAGCGCUCAGCGAUCAACCAAAGCGACUGGCUAAUAGGACAAAGGGCUACGAUGGCGCUACAAUAGAACUGUGCAAGCGUUUUGACUCACAUCUUACGAAUAUCGUCCAAGAGCUGAAUGUUAUGUUACAGGAACCAACGACGAGAGUUGAGGACAAGGUUUCACUUAUCGAGUUUCUGCGCGAAACGGCCGAGGAGCAGUUGACAGAGUAUUUGACCAACUUAAAAGGACUACAGCUAAGGGAACGCCCUGCUCUGCUCCUGGCUUUGCGAAAUAGUCUCGCCUUAGUGGAGCUGUGCCCCAAUUUAAAACUGUGCUUCUGUCAGCCGUCCAGUUGGCGCCAGUGGACCGACAAUUCGGCAGGAAUGGGUAUCGAGCAUUGGCAGCGCAUUUGCGGCCUUAUCGAAGAGGAAAUGCUAUCCUUUUGGCUGCUUAUUGUUGACGAUGUGUUGGCCGGCCACAAUUGCGAUGAGAAACUGCCGAAGGUCAUUAAUCACGAAGUGGUUCUCAGCGAUUUUGCGCUUUGGCAGACUUUGACACUGGAACAGCGUGACGAGGACCAGGAGCAAAGUGUACAGUCAACCAUUCGAAUCCCCAGUCAGCCGCGACUCUCCCUGCAGACGUAUCUUCAUCAGCUAAUUCAGGCGUUAAAUGUGGUUGUUCCCCAAACUCUGCCACCAAAGGUAUUGCAAGCAUUUGUUAAGCGCCUCAUAGAAAAACUGCUCUGCCACUACGAAGGAUUGGGCCACGCAGAAUGCACCAAAGCCAGUCAGAAUAUUGCCUUGCAAUUAUACUUUGAUCUUAAGUUCCUGGAGCGUGUGUUCGCCAUUUCUCGGGAGGAGCGGACUCUCUACGACCAGAUCCACGCCCAGCAGAACCAACUGCGGGACUGCAUAGAUCCCUUUGAUUUCGAGCUGUUUGCUGAGCACAUAACCGCGCAUGUGUCUCGGGCGGCUUGCCGUCUGCAGGGUGAACUGGGAGUGCUCACACCCUCGCCAGCUGCUCCCAGUCAAGCAGCAACAGUUGCCAGUUCGUUGGCCCAUGAGUCAGAUCCCAAUGUGCUAUGUUUGAGCUCCUCCGGAUCUACGUCGCUGUGGUUCCCUUUGCUGCCCAUUGUGAUGCCCCAAGCUGCCGGAAGAGUUACUAGCACAGAGCGGAAAUCUUUGGCACUAGAGCCAGUGGAGAAGACGGCGACAACGACGCCGACGAGGAAGUCGGGUGGCAAUGGAGCCCGCAAGGGAGACAGCAGCAAAUCCAAAUCCAGCGCAGCUUCCUUCUUCGGGAUGUCCCAGGAGUGGUUUCGCUAGAGGAUUCAAAUCAAGUGGCCUGUGAAGUGCAUUCGAGUGGAAUGCAAAUGGGAGCGCGGAGCACCAUUGUUAAGCCGAGCAUUCAAAAUGUUUAACCUAUAUCCAAACAUACUUGUAGAGCAGGCGGGCAGCGCCCAGUAAUUGUAAGAAAGUCACAUACAUUAUAGAAAUAUACACCCUGAUAUCACUUUUAAUUUCAACUUAA